UUAAAAUAAUCUAUCCCUUCUUUUUCCCAAACACAAAUCGAAUAAAUAGGUUCUGUAACUGAGUUUUUGUCGCUCAAUAACGAAGUUGAGCAUUCAUGAAGCUAUUCUGUAUCCAUACCCGUCACUACAGCUCUUACAUUUCUUUCAAUCUCAACCCGGCCAAAACCCCAUCAACAGCAACCCCAAGUGUAUCUGACCUGCUCUCACUCUGCAAAUCAGGUGAUCUUUUUGAUGCCCUUAAGCUUUUAAACUCGAUUGAUUCCAGAACUAUACUUGUUAAACCACUUGUAUAUGCUUCUAUAUUACAAACGUGUACUAAAGUUCAGUCCCUUAAACAUGGGUUGCAAUUACAUUGUCAUGUUAUUAAAUCAGGGCUUGAAACAGAUAGGUUUGUUGGGAAUAGUUUACUUGCUCUUUACUUUAAACUGGGUUCAAAUUUUGAUGAAACUAGGAGGGUUUUUGAUGGGCUUUAUGUUAAAGAUGUUGUUACUUGGACCUCGAUGAUUUCGGGGUAUAUUAAGGUGGGGAAAGCUAGAAAUUCACUUGAUUUGUAUUGGAGAAUGGUGGGGGAGGAUGUUGAGCCAAAUGGGUUUACUCUGUCUUCUGUGAUUAAGGCGUGUUCUGAACUCGGGGAGUUGAAUUUAGGUAGAGGGUUUCAUGGGGUGGUUUUUAGACGCGGGUUUGAUGGGAAUAAUGUAAUUGUCAGUGCGUUGAUCGAUAUGUAUGGGAAGAAUAAACAGGCAAGUUAUGCAAUUAGGUUGUUUGGUGAAAUGGUUGAACCGGAUUGUAUUUGCUGUACUUCAGUUAUUUCUGCAUGCACAAGAAGUGAUUUGUAUGAAAAGGCUUUAGGGUUUUUUUAUAUGACCCAAAGAAACUACCCGUUUGUCCCUGAUGAGUACACAUUCGGGUCUGUUUUGAUGGCUUGUGGUAAUUUGGGUAGAAUAAAGCAAGGUAAAGAAGUACACGCCAAGGUCAUUGUAGUCGGAGAGACUAAUAAUGUGGUUGUUGGGAGUAGUCUUGUAGACAUGUACGGGAAAUGUGGAUCGGUUACCAAUUCUCGACUUGUUUUUGAUAGGAUGACUAGAAACAAUGCGGUCACUUUGUCUGCUUUGCUCAAUGCUUACUGUCAAAAUGGUGAUUUUGAAAUUGUCAUAGAGCUUUUUAGGGAAAUGGAGGUUGAUCUCUAUAGCUUUGGAACUGUUCUUCGUUCUUGUGCUGGGUUGGCAGCUGUAAGACAAGCAAAAGAGGUUCAUUGCCAGUAUUUGAGGAGGGGUGGUUGGAGAGAUAUUGUAGUUGAAUCAGCUCUUGUUGAUGUAUAUUCGAAAUGUGGUUGCAUCGAUUUUGCGUACAGGAUAUUUAAGAAAAUGGUGUCUAGGAAUCUUGUGACUUGGAACUCGAUGAUUUGUGGCUUGGCUCAAAAUGGAAGAGGUAUAGAAACACUUAAAGCGUUAAAUGAAAUGAUCGAGGAGGGCACUACACCUGAUUACAUUACUUUUGUUGGAGUCCUUUUUGCUUGUAGCCAUGCAGGUUUAGUUCACAAAGGGCGAAAAAAUUUCAACCUAAUGACUGAAAAGUAUGGUAUUAAGGCUGGUGUGGAACAUUAUAAUUGCAUGGUCGAUCUCCUAGGGCGUGCAGGACAGAUAGAAGAGGCAGAAAGCUUGCUAAACAAAUCAGAUCUAAGUAACGAUUCUUCUCUUUGGGCAGCACUUCUCGGUGCUUGCGCCACUAGUAGAAAUUCCACAGCCGCUGAACGUAUUGCCAAGAAGAUGAUGGAAUUGGAACCAAACAACCAUUUGAGCUAUGUGCUACUAGCUAAUGUUUAUAGGGAUUCUGGUCGGUGGAGUGAUGCUGAUAAGAUUAGAAAGCUAAUGCAAGAUCGAGGUGUGAAGAAGAUAAUGCCUGGGAAGAGUUGGAUUGAUAUUCAGGGAAGCUUGAGUUUGUCUUCUGAUAAGGCCUAUGUGAAAUUCCCUGGAUAAGGUUCCAUGCAGAAAUUCUUGAUAAGAUACUAUAGUUAUAUUUGCAUGGGAUAAUUGUGUUCUUUAAUCAUGAUAAGUAUCAUCUCUUGACCAAUGGGGAAAGUUGGUAAUGUAUGGUGAAAUUAUCAUUUUUUAUUUCGACAUACCUACUUUGUGAUAAGAAUUUAAGCUUUUGGUUCAUUGUAGGCCCUGUGAUUGUGCUUCUUGGCAUGUCUACUUCAUGUUAGGUGUUCAGGAGGUUGUGACAGGCAUCUUUGUCGUGCCAUGAGUGCAAGAGAAUCUAUAGGACCAACUGAGUGCUACAAGUGAGGGUUCCUGUGCAUGUCCGAGCCCCGAGGAAGUCAGAGGAACAAACAUCAACAUAUUCUUACCAAGGAUUUAGGAUCGUGAAAGUGGACUUUUUCUAAAAGGUCGUGAUUGACAAUUAAGGGGAGCGAUAUAUAAUUUAUUGAGGUCUGGGAUGGUAGACAUAACAAACUAGGUCUGAUAACAUAUAUGCUCUAAAGGAAGGUUGGGGAUAUGAGAAAUAUAAACUUAUGCAGUUGGGUGCCAGUUCAUACUCUUUGCAAACAUGGAGAGACGUACAUAUCCUCGAGCUCCUGCAAAAUGUUUUUUUAAUUGCACAGGUAUAUGGCAUCAAGAAUCAACUAAGGCGUUUGUAGAAAGAUGAGUGGGAAAAAUUAAAGGAAAUGGACAGAUUUUGAAGAUGAAAAGCUAGUUGAAGUUUUAAUCAACUUUCCGGGCCUCCGGGGUUUGGAUGGAACUCGGAAGACCAUGUUGGUAAGGCACCAAGAGAUAUCUUGUGUCCUUGCAUCUUCAGUGUUUUUGAAUCCAAUUGCUGUGACUGCAUUUUAGUUGAAGAAAAAAGGCUGUACAUCAUGGCAGCAGUUAGUAAUCCUGCAAUACUUGACUACAAUCUGGUUCAUCCAGAGCAGCUAAAUGUCAGAGUACUGCUAUGCAAUGGUUCUAAGAACUCUCUAUUUUCUUUACAGAAGAUGGAGCAACCGGGAAUCUGGCUAAAAAUCUUGUUGAUGUUGUAGAACUUAAUACGGAAGCUGCUAUUUAAAUGUCCCUGCAGGAGGACAUGCAACCAAGCACACAUCGAGACUGAGUCAACAAGCAAGAAAAUUAAAGAGAAACAUACAUUCUUUGUUGGAGGCUGUCUUUGCUUUCAGACAGAAUUGCUAUUUAAUUUGAGGCUUCCACGAAGUUGCUCAUUGCAUAAGAAGAUAUGAG